AGUUGAAGCAACUAACCAGCACGACCUUAUCGCGAGUUGCGGUCGCAUUUAAACUCGAGGCUGGGAGAACGACUCUGUAAAACCCGCACACAUACCCGGCAUUGACUGACACACGACCAUGAAGUUCUCCAACAUCGCAUUGGGCGUCUUGGCCUUUGGAGGCCUAUCUGCGCGCGCACAGUACUUUUCGGAGGGGUGGAAACCCGGCCAACCAGUCCACCACACCGUUGCAGAGGCAGAGGCGACGUAUGCACCCGGUGGUCCCAUCCCAGGCUCUCCUCAAGUCCAACAGCAACAAAAGGGGACAACACCUUCGCCGGUAUCUCUACUGCAAUGGUUAGACCCGGAAAAGUUGCUGAGCUCGGUGUUGAAAAAGGCGGGGUUCAACAUGACGGGCGUAGGGCAGAGUCCUUGGGACGAGAGGAUUCCUCUUAUUACCGACGACAACUAUCACGACGUUAUUGUCAAUGAGACCUUUGAGUCGGAAGACGAGGAGAGGGAUAGAGUGUGGGCCCUCGUCGUCACCGUAUCCGCGAACCGUCAAGAACCCCUCUCGAAAAUCGUAGACGAGAUGUUCGACUCAGCGUACAACAAGACUCUUGAGGAGAACGACUUGCCGCAUGUGCGAUGGGGCCGUAUCGACUACUUCAACGUCACCUAUAUCACCACUAAAUGGAACGUCUGGAAGGCACCUUAUAUCAUCCUCCUUCAAGACCGAGGCCAGACCCUUCAUUUCUUCCGCCCUGGUAACAUGCGAAUCGACCCAGACGCCCUCCGCGAGUUCCUCAAGACGGAAGGAUACAAGACUCUCCCUCCGUGGAGCAGUAUCUGGGCUCCAGGUGGUGACAGGGAAUGGAUCCUCGACCUCUUCGCGGUCUGGAUGACCAAGGCCUAUAACAUCACAACCAAAGUCCCCCGCUGGAUCCUCUUCAUUCUAAGCGGAGGACUGGCUUCGACCGUCCUCAGCUUCCUGCAUAAACCAUCCAAGACGCCAGCUGCGAAGCCCAAGAAGGUGACAAUGGGACCACAGCCCAAGACUGGUGAUAAUAUUAACAAGGAAGCAGCGGACAGACGCGUGUCGGAUUCCACUACACCUGCUGCGACUCCUACUCCCAAGGCCACGACCCCGUCAGAGAGUGUGACACAGAAAACUGCGGGAACACCAUCCCCUGCGAAGCGUUCGAGUGCGAGACAGCGUAAAGGCAAGAAGUCUGCUGCGUGA